AUGCAUCGAUACGAUACAUUGAUACAUCGCCGGCUGACCGGGACUUUCAGACUCGCAGCUAGGGUCAGGGCGGGGAACCAAAACCACAGCGAAUGGAGUACAUGGACGUCAGAAAGAGGCAAGAGAAUCCGGCUGCCGCGAGUCUGCCGUUGUCUGGCCGUGCUGAGUCCUGGGUCUGGGCUGGUUCGAUGGAAUCGAUUCAUCGAAUGUGAUGGCUGCCUCCAUCUCCUCUUUUCGUGCCUCUUUCCCGCGGCCUUUUGCCUCACCUCUCCCACUUCCUCCACCUCUCCGAGAUACCAUGCCCCUCCUUUCCAGAGUAUCUCCUUGGGGCCAGUCAGAUAUCGGACAGGUAUCGGCAAGGUUCGAGACGGCAGCGAGGCUGGGCGACAAAGGUGCGCAAAAGGGAGACUCGGGGAGCUCUGA